AUAAAAGUCAUUAGGAUUUUGUAAAUAAAAAUCUCCAACAAAAAUAAAACAUUUCAGUCUUGCUUGUUUCACGAAACAAGCGCAGACAUGUUGCGAAGGAUUGCGUUCUUCGCCCUUCUCAUAUUUAUGAUCGAAGCUGCACCAUUUAACGACAAUUCGGAUGUAGAAAAUUCAUUGGCGGAGAUAGAAGAUCUAAAAGACAGAAUUGGCGAAAAAGAGAAUGCCUUGGAAUUCGUUCCUUUGCUAGAUGAAGAAGAAAACAGCGAUAUUGAGGAAGCGUUACCAGAAAAAUCAGAUCCGUGGUUUGGAGGACGCCGAGGGGGCUUUCGAGGUGGAUUUCGGCGUAGCUUUCGAAGUUUUCGACGUGGUAUCAGGCGUAGUUUUAGACGAUUCCGCCGAGGGGUUAGGCGAUACAUUAUAAGAAGACCGAUCCGAAGGGCAUUUCGACGGGUUAGGCGAUACAUCAGAAGAAAACCGAUCCGAAGGGCGUUUCGACGGGUUAGGCGAUACAUCAGAAGAAAACCAGUCCGAAGGGCGUUUCGACGUGUCAGGCGAUACAUCAAAAGAAAACCGAUUCGAAGGGCGUUUCGACGGGUCAGGCGAUACAUCAAAAGAAAACCGAUUCGAAGAGCAAUUAGACGGGUCAGGCGAUACAUCAAAAGAAAACCGAUUCGAAGGGCGUUUCGACGGGUCAGGCGAUACAUCAAAAGAAAACCGAUUCGAAGGGCGUUUCGACGGGUCAGGCGAUACAUCAAAAGAAAACCGAUUCGAAGGGCGAUUAGACGGGUUAGGCGAUAUAUCAAAAGAAAACCGAUUCGAAGAGCGAUUAGACGGGUUAGGCGAUAUAUCAAAAGAAAACCGAUACGUCGAUUGGUUCGAAGAAUUGGAUCGCGUUUACGACGGAUCGGAAAAAGAAUAGGUCGCAAAUUUAGGCAAAUUACUCGUAAAACAAGAAGUUUUCUUAAAAGAAUAAGAAGAAAAAGUUUUAGACAAUGGCUGAAGAGAAAGAGAGGAGGGGAACGAAAAGGGUUUUGGUUAAAGAAAAAACCGACAACGAGCAAAAAAAGUUGGUUAAAAAAAUACGGACGGGUGAUCGGUAAAGUAUUAGGGGAGUUAUUGAAAGGUGGAAUAGGUGGAGGUACUGGAGGUGAAACUGGCGGAGGCGGUGGCGAAACUGGCGGUGGCGGAGGACAAACUGGCGGUGGUGGAGGCGAAACUGGCGGUGGCGGAGGACAAACUGGCGGUGGCGGUGGAAAACCGACAGUCCCCGUUAAAGAGGAACUCCGAUUUGUUAAUGUUAUGUUUCAAAAUUUUGCAGAAACUAACGCCACAAUCGUUCCGUCAAAAUCAGACGCCAGUGAACUCGAAAUUCCGGCUGGGCAAUCGAGACAAUUUUAUUAUGAAGAGUUAAACACUGGAGUUGCAAAGGCGAUUACUUUUUCUGCGUUAGAUAUCAAAGAAUCGUCAGUCUCACCACUUAAACUAAACAACUUCUUUAGUUAUGCUGUUCUUCCUCGGACGAACAACAAAACAUUGAUUCGUGUAAACGUGACAUCUUUAGAUAAAUCCGACGCCGUUGAAGCUAAUGACGAAGACGAGUUGGAUGACAGUGACGAAGACUUAAUCGAGCCAAUAAAAAACGUUCACGAUAGCGAUGAAGAGUUGACAGAAGAUGUUAAUGACGAUGAAGAUGGUGAAGAAGAAAUGGACAGUGUCGACGACAGCGACGAAGUAGCUCCCAAUGGCGACGAUAACGAUGAAGAAAUGACUGAUGGCGGUAAUGAUGACGGUAUUGAUAACGACAUUAUUGAUAGCGAUGAUGAAGAAGAGGCGGAACCAGAAGGAGAGACGGAAAAUGAUGACGUUGACGAUGAAGAAGGCGUAAAUGACGUCGACGAGUUGGAAGACGACGACGGUGACGACGACGGUGAAGAUGACGGAGAUGUUGAGCAGUCUUUUGAUGAUGACGAAGAGCAGUAUCAUAAUGUAUCAAAAUAAGCGAAUGUUCUCGUAUUAGUAGUACAUUUUUGCACAACAUAUGUAGGUCUUGUCAGGUGUAUUAUUUUGUAAAUUAGGAUUUUUUUGGAUAUAAAAAAAUUGGAUUGUGAAA